AUGCGCGCCUUGCUGGAAAGACAACAACAGAAGCACCGCGCUGCAGCCGCUAUGGGGGACAUUCUGGUGCGGCGAUCCCAGCAGCAGCAGCAGCAGCAGCAAUCUCUUGCGUUACGCUGGCAGUGGAGUGAGACUAACAGCAAGCUGCGGAGGCAAGAACAAGCUCUGACAUUUUCUCUGCAACAAGUCUUGUCUUCUGAAGCUCUGCAAGCUGUGAGUUGCAUCGCAGACGACGCUGAAGAGUACACAAGUACUGCAAAGCAAAUUGGGACGGAGGGGGCAACAGCCACUCACGGCGCAACUAACGCAGCAGCUGCUGAUGUGGUUACACCUGGCGACUUACAGUCUUCGAACGUCAAGUCUCGAGCUGACGCAGCAGGUGGCAGCGCGACUUCCAAAACGCUGGCUGCCGGUCGCCCUUUUGGGCGUUUCGCCGCUACGCUGCAUCGUAUUUCAUUCGUGCUGCAUUCACUCAAACAGUUGAACUUGGCUGCCAGAAGCAACUGUACAUCUAUCAAAGAUACAGUUGCAACUGCCGCUGCUGCGAAUUUGUCAGCACAUGAGGGGUCCUUAAUUGAAUCGGAGACAGAAAAAGAGCUACCGCCGCAAACUGAACCCACACAGGAAGAUCACCGGCAGCUGUUGCUUAUGGCUGGCUGUAUCUUCCAGUCAGUGGCUGCAACUCUAAAGGAAGAGGCGAUAUCACUGGAAAGGAGCUGGAAGGCCGCAGCAACAGAGGCGGCAGCUGCUACUUCGACUUUGAGAGAACUCCAACUUCUCCCACAAACGUGUGUAACCCCGUUGGGGCUGCAGCGUCAGCAACAGCAGCAGCAGGGGGAUCCACAAAGUCUAACAGACACAGAGGAUGCGAUCUUUCGGGGAGAAGCCCCGGAGGUUCGUGCAGCAGCAGCAGCGGACGAGCUGGAGUUUGCCAGUAGGCGCAGUAGCACAAGCAGGGCAAUGAACAAGAAAGAGCCUAAAGUUGCCAACAGUUCACAUGAAGAAAUAACGGCUUUGCCAAAAAGCAGCUCAACAGCGACAGUGAGACAGAGGCAAGCCCCUGCUGAUGCACCAUGGCAACAGCUGCUAGAAGAAUACGGGUUGCGAUUGCUGCAGCUGGAGCAGAAACACGCGCAGGAGCUCGAGGAGUGUCAGCGGCAAAUUCUGCUGCACAAAAAGGCUCUCUACAAGGCAGCUUCGGGGAUUGUCCACAGAUCGAUGAUGCAGCAGCAACACCACAACCGCAAGAGCAAACUUGAGAGCUGGUUGGAGGAAUCCAUCGUCACAGAGGCGGAGGUGAAGAGUCAAUACGGCAGCUGCGGCAAAUUCUCCCUCCAGACCCCAGCAGGUGCAGAGGGGACAAGCCCUAAGCUUAUCCAAAAUGAGGAGAAGGACAUCGACUUUGAUGCCAAAGAAGUAUGCACAGAUGAUUGGCACACUGCGGCAGAGUUGACAGCAGCGCCUGAGGAGGGAAGUGGAGGCUGCGCUACAGGUACUAUCGCAUCUACUGCUGAAAGAGACGCUGUCGCUGAAGUGCUCUUUACUGUGCGUUGGCUGUCCUCUGUUGCUCUAGCCGAACGAGAUGGCGACGAGGCGCAGUUGGCAUGUCUGUGCAAUCGACUGCAGCUGGCAUUUCCGACCGCUGCAGAGAAGGACCUGAAGGCGAUAUUGAAUGCACAGCAGCAGCUGAGCCUCGCCAACCAGCGGCAGGUCACAUGCGUGAGGGUGUGGACAUCAGCACGACAGCAGGAGUUGUCACUAGUGAUUCAGGGACUGAACGCCCUAACAUCUAGAUGUAGGGAUACGAUAGAAAGGAACAGGGUUGCUCAAAAGUUGAGGGAAAGGGGCCUUAAACUGUCUAAGCAGCUUGAACAGCACAAAAAGAGAAAAGAGGAGGAAAGGAGCAGGCUAGCAGCAGCUGAAAAAGCUGCCAAGGAAGCGGAGGUGGCGAGGCAGCUGAAAAAUGCUAUUCGGGAAAGGUCGAGAAGAGAAAAAGAUAAAAUAUGCAUUGAGGAAUUCCGUCAACGCAAGCUGCUGGAGUCGAAGCAGCUCCAGGAGAGAAAGGCAGCAAAGCAACAAGCAGCAUUGGCUGCAGAAACACCACAAAUAAAACUUUUGAAAGCCGCCCGAGUUGCGAGGCGCCAGGAGCAGCACAGAUUACGGGCGCUGGUUAUACAGUUGGAGAGGCAGGAGCAAAAGCUGCAGGAGGAGUUGAUGCGACAGCGGUUGCUCGCAGUCGCAGACAAGCUAAAGCCUGCAGCAGAAAAGGAUCCUUCAAGGCUUCACCAACCCACUGCCUCUUCUCAGUCCUAUACUCAAUGCGGAGAGCAGCAGCGCCAGCAGCGCGACCAGCAGAUGCAGCAGCGAUUAGCCAGUUUCGGCGUGGACGCUACGUACAGCAGCGACGCCUUAAUGAAAGAUCUGCGCUUCAGAUUCAGCACGGAAUUGGCUGAAUGCCAUCUGGCUAACACCAAGCCAGCCCAAGAUCUCCUCAUGAAAAUGAGCCGCCGCGAAGAGCCAAAAGACAAACCACUUUCAUUUUGA